GUCGUUUCGUCGUGUGAACAAGCAGUUGUGUGAAGCUCUGAAAGAUCGGGAGAUGCUGCCUCGCGUUGUUGUUUUCCCGCAAGAGAUAACCUGAGAGAGACUAACGUGACCGAUCAGCGAAUCGCCGCGAAACUGUGGUGAAAACAGUGUUAAUGUAUUUCUUUUCGUACCUGAAGUUCAUCGAAAAAGACAGCGGUACUUGGUGUCGGCUAUUCGCCAGCCCUGUUGACUGUCUGUGAAUCAAGUUUUAACUGCACGGUCGCCAGCAUGGCUGACGUGGAGAUCGAGAACUUUGAGAUCACCGACUGGGACAUCGCCAAUGAAUUCAACAUCAAUCGAGUCCGUAGGCGGCCCACGAAAAAUCAGCAGAUUUACGGUAUCUGGGCCGACAGCGACGAUGAAGGGGAUGCGCGGCCCAGCUUCCAGUCCUCGAAAAAGCACAAGGACUUCUCUGCGCCCAUCAGCUUUGUCAGCGGUGGGGUGCGUCAAGUGGGGAAGCAGGAAGAGAAGAAGGAAGAAGGCAGCGAAGACGAGCGUGGUUCAAGCAGUGAGGAAGAAGUUAAGGUUCCAGCGAAAACUAAGAAGACAGGAUUCGCAGGUGGUCGUGGUGGCGUUGCCCACGGCCUGCUAGGUGCUGAAGGGGGCUUCGGCAACUGGGAGAAAUACACGAAGGGUAUUGGAGCUAAGUUACUCCUUCAGAUGGGUUACCAGCCGGGUAAGGGUCUCGGCCGAGACCUGCAAGGUAUCUCGGCACCCAUCGAAGCAAAAGUCCGCAAGGGCAAAGGAGCCAUCGGUCUGUACGGUCCAGAGACCAAAGGCCCGAAGCUCAUGACUUCUGAAGCAACGACCGAGGACUCGACAGGUCGCAAAGGGGCGCGGCCUGAGCUUAACCAGUGGCGGAAACGCAAGGAAGGUGAGAAGAAGGUGACAUACGUUUACAAGACAAUCGACGAGGUGAAGUCUGAAGGGGUGUACAAGAAACCGUCCACUGGUCCACAGAGCAAGCUUAGCAAGGUGAAGGUGAUCGACAUGACCGGACCAGAGCAGCGGGUUCUUUCUGGUUACCACGAACUGCACCAGCAACACUCGAGGCCUGACGAGCGCGAAGAGAUCGAGCUGAAGCGUGCCGUCGGGUCACAGUUCUCGGUGCCGGAGCUGACCAACAACCUCGAACUCCUGGUCAACAUGACAGAGCAGCAGAUUGUGCAGAACGACCGCGACGCCAAACACGAGGAAGACCGCACCAUCAACCUACGGCACGAGCUGGACCGUCUCGAAGAGGUCAUCACGGCCGAGGAGAAGCAGGAGCGCAGGCUGGCGAAACUUAGUGAACUCGUGCAGACGAUGGUUGAUCGCACCCAGGAGGACCACGCGGAGCCCUUGACGUUAGAGGAUUGCGCAACCAUGUUCCACACAUUGCAAGACGAGUUCUACGAAGAGUACAAGAUGUACGGGCUCUCGGACUUGGCUAUCACCCUCCUAUGCCCGAUGGUAAAGAAGGAGCUAGAGUCCUGGUCACCCUUGAAGGAGCGGGACGCCCACGUGAGCCUGUUCUGCACGUGGAGGGACCUGCUCGAGAUAUACGGCAGCAGAACGCACGACCACCGCAACGCGCCCGAGGACGAUCCCUACCACUACUUGGUUUGGGAGACCUGGAUGCCGCCAGUGCGGCAAGCGAUACUAGAUUGGUCACCACGGGACUGCGAUCCACUGAUUGAGUUACUCGAGACUUGGAUGCCUCUGCUGCCUAGAUGGAUGUUAGAAAACAUCCUGGACCAAUUCGUGCUGAUAAAACUUCAAACCGAGGUCGAAGCGUGGAAUCCACUGACGGACACCAUGCCAAUCCACUCAUGGCUGCAUCCGUGGCUUCCUCUGAUGGGCUUGCGGCUGGAGCCUCUUUACCCACCCAUCCGAUUGAAGCUGGCCAACGCCCUCAGUGCGUGGCACCCCAGCGAUGGCUCGGCCAAGCUCAUUCUGGAACCAUGGCGGGGUGUCUUCUCCCAGGGCACUCUGGAAGCAUUUGUUGUUGCCAACAUUCUGCCCAAGCUGGCAUUGGCCCUACAGGCCAUGCCCAUCAACCCGCACCAACAGCACUUGGACGUGUGGCAGUGGGUGAUGGCGUGGGAGGACCUCUGCCCGGCAUCCAGCAUGGCCACCCUGUUGGAGAAGACCUUCUUCCCCCAGUGGCUGCAGGUGCUGGCGGGCUGGCUGCAGCACAAUCCAAACUACCAGGAGAUCUCCAAGUGGUACACAGGCUGGAAGUCCCUCUUCUCCGAUGCUCUGCUCCAGCAGACCAGCGUGCGCGAGCAAUUCAAGGUGGCGCUGGACAUGAUGAAUCGUGCCGUGUCGGGCCUGCCAGUAGUGCCGCCUGGUGCUGGAGGUGGGCAGCAGGCACCGCCGGGGCUCUUGGGAUACAGGCCAGCACCACCACCACCACAGCACAUGCCUCAGGAAGCCGCUGGCGGACGACCAGAAUACAGUCACAUGCAGACGAUACGAACUUCUACCACUCCAGCCAAUGCACAGAUGACCUUCAAAGAGCUUAUCGAGCAAAGGGCCCAAGAGAAGAACCUUCUGUUUGUUCCUAUGGCGCACCGUUUCCAAGAGGGCAAACAGGUCUACCGGCUCGGCCACGUGAUGCUGUACCUCGAUCGAAAUGUCAUCUUCGUCUUCAACGGGAAGACGUGGGUGCCCACAUCCCUCCAAUCUCUGCUGGACAUGGCAGGUUGACCCAGUCGAGCGUCCCCUUGCGUCACGGUUGUGACGUGUGUUUUGGAGCAGUUGAUAGCUCGGGGUUGAAUUCAUUGUCACUAGCUUUCAUUAUGCGGCAACAGUCGUAUGCUCACCACGAUCAGCAUUAGUGUGAGUGCCACCAACACCAAAAGGAUGGUGCGCUCGUGACAAAUAGCUACAACAGUUCGAUUCUUUAUAGCUUCCGCGAGGAUAAAAAAGAGAUCGCAGAUGGUGGCAGCGUUUGCUCAGUCUCCCACUGCAGUCAUUUGGUUGAAUUUAUCUCAGUGACGUCAUUAUUAUGACCCCCACUUUGGGAGUUGCACGUGACAAGGUCGUUACAUGCUUGUGACAGUAGGUUUUCUUUAUCGUCACACUUGUUUUACCGGCAGCACUGGUCGAAUGUCGAUUCUGUGUUCAUUUCGUGAUGCGGCAUUGCUACUCAGCUGAAACUGACUGAAUGGCAAGGCACCAUCACUUGUUAUGUUGGAAACUCUUGUGAUGAUACUUGUGUAGUGUUAUUCGUACGCAAUCCACCACACUGAAAAAUCGGUGUACGUGACACUCAGCUGGUUACGCAUUGUCACGAUUUGGCUAAACUUUCCUUAUGUCAAUGUGAAGAUACUGUCAUGCAUUAUUUAUAAUGGACUUUCAAAGCUUUUUGAGUUGAAACAGGCGCGCAAAGGCUGCAUGUAUUGCUUUUUUUUUUUCACUUAUGACACACUUCGUGCAUGCGUCACGUGCAAGACUAGGAAUAUCAAUCUUGCCAAACUGUAUGCUGGAAAGCCUUAUUUCAAACAUUGGCCAGGCAAAGUACUGGUAUGCAUGAAUGUGUCAGGUGUAUGAGCAAUUUCAGUUACGCGAUGGCUUUACUCUAAAUUCCAGGUUUCACACAGUGCAAGACCCGUUUCUGUGGUGUGCUAUGCUAAUAUAGUUAAGGGUUACGAUUGUUCUCUUACUAAUGAAAUAUGGUUGUACUGUUCACAACAAGGGUUUUGCUGGACCCCACCCCCCCUCAUUUGUUUAGAACAUUCUGGUGGAAAUGCAUUCAUAUCAAUUGAACAGACGCUACCGAAAACAUUUGAUGCCUGUGACUGUAAGAGAUCAUGUACAUAAAAGCAGCAAUCAUUUGUUAUCAUGUUUUAUUAAGCAUCAUACAGUUCGACAACCAUCUUAUUCAGCAUGCUGGAAAUGGUGGCGUAACUCAUGACAGAGUGCUUGGAUUGCGAUAAUUUUUGUAACUCAGUCCUUGCUUCUCUUGCUGAGCUCCCUGUAAAUAAAUAUUUUCCUUGGUGCA